AUUUUUGUAUCAAUAAUUUUCUAUAAUAUAUUAAAUCAUUUAUACUGUAUAAAAAAUCUAUGUAAUAAAGAUAGGAAUUAACGAUUAAAUGUAAAUAUUAACAAUGGUCCGACAUAAUAAUCAAUUGCCUGACAAUCUUCCACAAUUACAGAAUCUAAUCAAGCGAGACCCAGAAUCUUACAAAGAAGAAUUUUUGCAGCAAUAUCAUCAUUAUAAGUCGACUCUAGAAGUAUUCGAUCUUACUCCAGAUAAAUUCAACAAAAGUCUCGAUGAAUUGAUUAUAUUCUUGGCGCAAGUUGCGCAUUGCUAUCCAAAUGACUUGAUGACUUUUCCUCAAGAGCUCAUCGAUAUUCUUAAACGAAAAAAUACUGUCUUGGAUAAUGAAAUGCGAAUGACCUUUUGUCGAGCGUUAAUUCUAUUACGGAAUAAGAACCUGCUCGAGCCGACAGACCUACUUAGCCUAUUCUUUGAAUUGCUCCGAUCCCAAGACAAGGUCCUUCGGCAAUUCUUGCAGACGCAUAUAAUAACGGACAUAAAGAACGUUAACGCAAAACACAAAAAUUCUAAAAUCAAUACUGUGCUGCAAAACUUCAUGUUCACAAUGCUCAAGGACACGAACGCGAGAGCAGCUAAAAUGUCCGUGGACAUUAUGAUAGAAUUGUACAAUAAAAAUGUAUGGAAUGAUGCGAAAACAGUGAAUGUCAUUGCCACGGGUUGCUUUUCAAAAUUUACCAAAGUCAUGGUUGCGAGCUUGAAAUUCUUUUUGGGAACAGAUACGGAGGAGGACAGUGAAGACAGCGAUAGCGACGACGAGCCCAAUAUCAAAGAAAUAAUUAUGGCUAAUAAAGUUAAUAAGAAGACAAAAAAGCGCGAAAAGCAGUUGAAAAAGGCGAAACAAAUUUUUACGAAAUCAAAAAAGAAAAAAUCCAAGGCUCCGCAAUUUAAUUUUUCAGCCCUUCAUUUGAUUCACGAUCCACAGGGCUUGGCUGAGAAGCUUUUCAAGCAAUUAGAAAAAAAUAACGAUCGAUUUGAAGUUAAAGUCAUGACUCUCGACGUAAUUUCAAGACUCGUAGGCUUACACGAUUUAUUUUUAUUCAAUUUCUAUCCUUAUUUGCAACGCUUCCUUCAACCUCACCAAAGAGAAGUUACAAAAUUGUUGCAAUUUGUGGCACAAGCUUCGCACGAAUUGAUUCCACCGGACAUAAUACAACCGGUAUUAAAGACUUUAGUUAAUAAUUUUGUAACCGAACGAAACUCGGCAGAUGUUAUGGCUAUAGGGCUAAAUGCCGUUAGAGAAAUUUGUUCACGAUGUCCGCUUGCAAUGAACGAAGAUCUUUUACAAGACUUGACGCAAUAUAAAAACUAUCGAGAAAGAAGCGUGAUGAUGGCAGCUAGAUCUCUCAUUGGUUUAUUUCGGCAAACAAUGCCUGAUUUAUUACAUAAGAAGGAUAAAGGUCGACCAACUGAAGCUACCGUUGCGUUGGAGCCGUUAAAAUACGGUGAUGUGUUGGUGAAAGAAUUUGUGCCAGGAGCUGAGAUUCUUCUCGAUUCUAAAAACAAUACUUUGGAAAUCGAUAGCGAUAAUAGCGACGAUGAUGACGAAUGGAUUAAUGUUGAACACAGCAGCGAAGAUGAUGAGGAAGAUGAUGAUAACGAUAACUCGGAUGCCGAUACGGUUGAUUGUCAAGAUAACGAUGAAAAUAGUAGCCAAACGGAUAGUGAAAAUGAAUUUCAAACAGAGAGUAAAAAUGAAAAUCAAACGGAUAGUGAAAGUAAAUGUACAGCUAAUGAUGAAAAUACUGUGAACAAGGAGAAUGAAAGUAAAAAAGAAUCUGCAGAAAAAACUAUGAAGAAACAGAGUAAAGAUGAUAGAAAAUCGAUAGAAAAUAAACUUAGCACUAUUAAAAAACCAACGGUUAAGCUCACUAAAUUACAAAAGAAAUUAAAGAAUUCAAAAUUGGAGAGAAAAAAGAGGAAACUGGAAGAGAAAAUGAAAUUACAGGAAAAGCUGAAAGCUCAAAAAAAAAUAGAGUACACAUUAGAGAAAAAAGCAAAAGCGUCACAAGUCUCGUCCGAGCGCUUACUUACAGAUGAAGAUUUUAAGAAAAUCGACAUGACUUUGGUAAAGCAACAUAUUACAUAUCCAAAACGGGGAGUAAAAAGGCCCUUUAACGAUGAGAAGAAUAAAGAUGAAUUAAUUAAAUUGUCCGACAUUGAAAAUAUUUAUAAGAAACGUAAGCAUGAUAAGCAAGCUAGAGUAGAAAGUGUUAAGAAAGGACAAGAGGGUAGAGAAAAAUUUGGUUAUAAAGACGGUCGUCAAAAUCCUUUAUGUAGUAAAACGAAUCGUGAGAGAAAUAAGAAGAAAAACUUCCAAAUGAUAAAGCAUAAAGUUAAACGAAAAAUCAAGAGGUCAUUUAAAGAGAAACAAAUAGCUUUAAGGAAUUAUUUAAUUAAGCAAAAGCGAAUGAAGUAAUAUUUUUUAUUGAU